CUCGUUGCAGUAACAGAAGUACGUACGCCAGCCCCAGCACGUGCGAAAUAGCAUGCAAAGCCAGACCCGAUUAGAAGUUGCUUGCCGACUGCACCAUCUGCUGCAAAUCGCGCGAAGCGCCUCUGAUCCGCCCACCACCGCGUCGCCACCAAGAACCUCCAGUGUGGUCCGACAAGAAAAGUCAUGCCGUUCUCUUCCGGCGGCAGCGAGUCGUCGACAAGUCGGCGCCACCUUGCGGUCACGAAAGAGAAAUUAGCCUCGCAACGAGAGCAGAGGAGAGUGGGAACAACUGCACAGGAAAAACAUAGACGACAGCAGCAACAAAGUCUAGCAAAGGACGACGGCACGUUCACGCUUUCCUCUCCGGAGGAAAAAAGUUCUUCUACCACGUUGUGCCACGAAGCUGCAAAUAACGGAAAAAUCGCCACUGGUUCGCCUUCGAGCUCGGUGGGUUUUCAAGCGGAG